AUGACAGCAUUCCAGAAGAUGAAAGACGGAUUAGAGUUCCUUAAGCAUGCAGGAACACAAGAAGUAUUUCAAGUAAUGAAUAACUUUCCUCAGUACCCAUUUUUCUUUUUAAUUGAGGUACUUUGGAGCUGCCACGGAGUUAAAAAAUCAAUAUCCACCAAGAAAUCAGAGAAUGAUAGCAUGCUUAAUAGAAUUUUACAGCUCAUACUAUGCUUUUUAGUUUCUUUAGUUAUGACUUUUGCAGGACGCGAGCUUUCAGCACAAGUUUUCCAUAAGACCUCACCAAUAUCAUCAAAACCAAUCCUAAUCCCAAUUUUUUGCGGCGUUUACGCGUUAAUGUUUUUGACACCUUACGAUAUCUUCUUCAAAAUUUCAAGCUUAUUGUAUUACUUCACAGCCUUAUUCCAAGGCAUUAAUGAAAUGAGAAUAUUUUUAAGAAUUAUCGAGUGGUCAAAAAAGAAAGAUUUUAUAUACACAAAUACUUCAUUUGGUCUCUACUUUGGCAUUUUAAUUGUAGAGUUCAAGUAUAUUGUAGAAUUAUGCAUGAGAAAGUUUUAUCAUGGAAAAAGAACAAGCAUUACAACAUUCUGGCAGAUAACAAAGAAUGCUCUGAUUGUAUUUACUUAUUAUAUUGCAAUCAAUUACGGAGAAAUCUCGAAAGAAAACAGAAAUCUUAAAAUACCAGAAAUUCUUAUGGGUUUAGCAAUGGGAAUUCUCAACGCUUCUGCUAUUCUUAGUGAUUAA